AUGUCGAAUCGUGGUAAAGGCGGCAAGGUUAAGGGGAAGAGCAAGACCCGCAGCAACCGUGCGGGGCUUCAAUUCCCUGUUGGACGCAUCCAUAGGCUUUUGAGGAAAGGAAAUUACGCCGAACGCGUUGGUGCAGGAGCUCCAGUUUAUCUUGCAGCUGUUAUGGAGUACUUGGCAGCUGAGGUACUGGAAUUGGCUGGUAACGCUGCCAGAGACAACAAAAAAACCCGCAUCAUUCCAAGACAUCUUCAAUUGGCUAUCCGCAAUGACGAGGAAUUGAACAAGCUGCUUUGUGGGGUCACAAUUGCCCAAGGUGGUGUUCUGCCAAACAUACAGGCAGUCCUUUUGCCAAAGAAGACUGAGAAGCAGAAAGCGUUGGGCUUGGCUCUCCACCGUUGCCAUCACAUUGCACUACCGGAUCCGAGUUCCGCUGCUUAUAAAUACGCUGCUCUUCAACAAGUUGUCAUCAUUCCUACCAUGGCUCCCAAAGUUAGCGGUAAAGCUGUUAAGAAAGCCGGAAAGGCCCAGAAGAACAUCGCGAAGGGCGAUAAGAAGAAGAGGAAGAAACGUAAGGAGUCCUACGCAGUGUACAUCUACAAGGUUUUGAAGCAGGUUCAUCCUGACACUGGCAUUUCAAGCAAAGCCAUGUCCAUCAUGAAUUCCUUUGUGAAUGACAUUUUUGAAAGGAUUGCCAGCGAAUCUUCCCGCUUAGCCCAAUACAACAAGCGCUCAACUAUUUCCAGUCGGGAAAUUCAGACUGCAGUUCGACUUCUCCUUCCUGGUGAACUUGCAAAACAUGCAGUAUCUGAAGGUACCAAGGCUGUCACCAAGUAUACCAGCAGCAAGUGA